GAUAGCGAAAAUGCGAACUUAAACAAUCAAGUGUUAUCGGGCGACAUUAUCAGAACUCUUGACAUCCCUGCUACGCAGGAUCUGAGACUCUAUCUUGGUGUGCCCAUACUUCAUGGCCGAGUAACGAAGGAACAUAUAGAUACAUCCUGGAGAGAUUGGAUAAAAAGCUGGCAGCGAACUCCUUGUCAUUUGUGGGACGUGUGACACUGGCUACUUCGGUUCUUAAUACUCUUCCGACGUACGCCAUGCAAUCCACGUUGUUUCCAUAGUCUAUCUGUGAUGAGAUUGACAAGUGAAUCCGACGGAUCAUUUGGGGCUGCAAUGAGGAUAAGCCAAAGAUGCAUCUGGUUCACUAGGAGGUUGUAUGUCAACCAAAAGCAGAGGGUGGUGGGUCUAAAAAAACUCAUGAAUUAAAUAUUGCCUUCCUCUCUAAACUUGCUUAGCUUUUUGUAAAGAAUGAGGAUGAGUUGUGGGUUAAGGUGUUACAGGCAAAACAUUUCAAGGCAACACAUGGUGUCUUGACUGCGAAGUUGGCAAGGCGAUGCUCUACUAUCUGGCGUGGCAUCAAGAAAGUAAGACCCAUGAUGGUGGGAAAAACAAACACGUGUGUGAAAGAUGGACAGGGCACGGCAUUCUGGACUGAUCGAUGGAUUGACCAGCACGCCCUCCUUAUUGAUCAUGUUCGUGAGGAGGCGUCGUCCAUUGAACCCUCCCUUCUCGUUGCGGCAUUCAUUGGAGAACAAGGUGCGUGGAAUGAAUCGUUUAUUGAAAUGUUCUUAAUAAGAGAGGCUGCCGUGCAGGUCCUAGUUAGCCAACCCCCGAGAGAAGAUGCAGGUGAGGACGAGGCUUUUUAGGGACCGCAACUGAACGGGAAGUUCAAGGUUAUAUUAGCCUACACCAUCACUUGCAACCAAGAAGAGGAGCUCUCUGAGGUGGAUUGGAGGAAGAUCUGGAGCUGGAGGGGAGCGGCCAGGACUACACACUUCCUAUGGUUUGCGACAAGGGAGAGGUUGAUGACCGAUGAUGAACGUUGCCGGAGACACAUUUCCACCACCAACGGUUGUGCCUUGUGCAACAUGGCUGCCUACAUGUGUUGCGGGACUACCCUUUUCCCACGUUAAUAUUGAUGCACCCAUAAAGCUUUCUGAUUACCAAAUUUUUUCAGUCUGUCCCUAGAGGAAUGGUUAUUGCGAUACCCAGACUACGGAUUGAGUUUUGGCCUUACAUGCUGGUCUCUUUGGAAGACCAGGAAUGAUAGUCUUUAGGAAUAAGACGGUCACCACCGACACCUUCAUUCAGCUUCUCGGAGCCUGGAUUAAUAUAGCAGAUGGCUCUAGAGAAGGAUAGGCUCAUUCAUCAGCUUUUCCUGCAGACAAGAACAGAGGUAGAGAUCUCUUGAAAACCGCCGCUUCCCGAGUGGUUCACUAUCAACUCAGACGAUUGUGUACUCCUUAACACGGGUCAAGCUGCAACUGGCGGCUUACUUCGAGAUCAUACAGGAUGUUGCAUUGCAGCGUUCGCUUGUAAUCUGUGAUACUACUCCAUAACUCAGGCAGAGUCGAGAGGAGCCGUUGAAGGUGUUCAAGUGGCUUGGGACCUCGGCUACCGGCACAUACGAGUGAAGCUUGACUCUAGAUGCAUGGUUAAGAUGCUGACGAGUGCUGAGAUCUACUCAUAGUCAUUCAACCAUUGUGGAGAUUACUUAGCUGGUUGUGGUCAUUCCCUGUCUGUGGGGUUGCUUGGUAUUUCGCCUUAUGACCCCAUUUGUAUAAUUUCCUUUUGUAUGGCUGUCAGAGGCUUUCCGAAUCUCGUAUGGUGUUGAAUGAAAGUUAAGAUGAUGU